AUGGCACUUCAUGUGGCCGUUCAGAGUGUCUUCAGCAAGUUAUGGAACGCUUUUUUCACCAUUUUGUAUCUGUUAACUAAAGGUGCAGGUAAAAACAAGGACGCCCAGACUAAACCCCCUCCUUUUGAUACAAAAGUCUAUAUUAAGAAGCUUGAAAGAAGAAUAGCUGACCUGGAGAAUAUGACCAAAGAAAUGGCCCAACUCGACUCGCGAUCGAAGGAAAUAAAUAAUCGCACAGAAAGGAUGGAAGAGAAGUUGGCCCAGCACGAUUUGCAUUUGAAAGAAUGCGGUAGCCGUGCAAAAAAUGUGGAGAAGGUAAUGGCUCAACACGAUUCGCUACUGAAAGAAAUGAAUAAUCGCGAACAAGAAAUGGAUAAAAAGAUGGCCCAGCAUGACAUACGCUUGGAGGAAAUCGGAAACCAUGGAGAGAUUACAAAGAGGAAGAUGUCCCAACACGAUUUACAAUUGAUAGAAAUGGAAAAUAGUGCAAGGAAGAUGGAAAAUUGUGGGGAGAUGAUGAAGAAGAAAAUGGCCCAACAAGAUUUGCAGUCCAAAGAAAUGGAAAAGAGGGCAGAGAAGAUUGAGAGGAAAAUCUCUCAGUACGACUCACAAUUGCAAGAGAUAGAUAAUCGUGGAGAGAUGAUGAAGAAUAAAAUGGCCCAACAAGAUGUGCAGUCCAAAGAAAUCAUUCAACGGGCAGAGAGGAUAGAGAGAAAUAUUGCCCAGCACGACUCACAAUUGCAAGAGGUAGAUAAUCAUGAGGAGAUGAUGAAGAAUAAAAUGGCCAAACAAGAUUCGCAGUCCAAAGAAAUCGUUAAACGGGCAGAGAAGAUAGAGAGAAGUAUUGCCCGGCACGACUCGCAAUUGCAAGACAUGGAUAAUCGUGGUGAGAUAAUGAAGAAAAAAAUGGCCCAACAAGAUUUGCAGUCCAAAGAAAUGGGAAAGUGGGCAGAGAAGAUUGAGGGGAAAAUCUCCCAGCACGACUCGCAAUUGCAAGAGAUCGAUAACCGUGGAGAGAUGAUGAAGGGUAAAAUGGCCCAACAAGAUUUGCGGUCCAAAGAAAUUGUCAAACGUGCAGAGAAUAUUGAGAGAAAUAUUGCCCAGCACGAUUCGCAAUUACAAGAUAUGAAUAAUCGUGGAGAGAUGAUGAAGAAGAAAAUGGCCCAGCAAGAUUCCAAGUCCAAAGAAAUGGAUAAACGGGUAGAGAAGAUUGAGAGAAAUAUUGCCCAGCUCGACUGGCAAUUACAAGAUAUGAAUAAUCGUGCGGAGAAGCUGAAGAAGGAAAUGACCCACUACGACUCGCAAUUGCAAGAGAUGGGUAACCGUUGUGAGUCAAUGCAGGAUACAGUGGCCCAACAAGGUUCACAGUUUGAAAAAGCGAGUAAUCGUGUUGAGAGGAUGAAGAGGGUGCUGGCCCAACAAAUGGAUCACCUUAAAGAGAGGAUGGAGAAGGGAAUGCGAGAAGUAGGCGAAAUAAUUAACAACCAUUAUGCCUUUAUCUGCAUUCAGGACCAGAAGACCGUCCGUCUUCAGAGUUACCUCAACAGAGUGUUACAACAGCACUUGAUCUACUGGCGAAAU